AUGACUUAUUAUGAGUUUGUGACCUUCUGCGAACGUUUCACGCAAGAAGAGUGUAAAAAGUUUUACUACUGUGAUCCAGGCAAUUCCCUGAUGGAAGGGCUUAAUCCCAUUUCAGAUGAUGUGGGAUAUGUUGCUUUUAUUUUUGAUGCUUAUGGAACAGAUGGUGUAAUUUCGGUUUAUGUGGAUCAUAUUGGGGUUGGUGUUGAUGGGUGGCUUGAUGAUGAAGAUAAUGAUGAUGAUGAACAUGAGUCUUGUAUUGAUGGUGAAAAGGAAGAUAACAUAGAUGAACUUAGGAAUGUUGCCUUUGAAUUUAAUGAGGAUGUAGUGCAUAUAAAUAGGACAUCAAAUGAUCCUUUCUUGAGUAAGUUAUGUGUUGAUGAUGAGGAAGAUAACAACAUUGUAGAUGAUGAUAAUGGGAGGGAAUUUGAAGAAAAGACUUUUGGUGAGGUGUAG